AUGACGAGAUGCAGGCAGCACGCGCAGGAGUUGGGCGGCGGCGUCUGCGCCGUGUGCCUGCGGGAGCGCCUCGAAGCCCUUGUCGCCGUCCGGUCGGCGUUCUUCGAGCACCCGCCGGAGGCCCCGUGGAAGCCCCCGUCCCCUCCAGCGGUGCCCCGAUCGGCCUCCCCCUACGCCCCCGUCUGCUCCUGGGACCCCGAUUUCUCCGCCAACGUCCGCCGGGGGGGAUGUCGCCGGAGCCGGCCGGCCCUGUUCUACGGGACCCCGCUGGGCGGGCCAUCCUCAUCGGAAGCGGCGAGCUUCUCCAUCUUCUCCACCCUCUUCGGUGCCGGCGGCCAGAAUUCCAGAUCUGAGAAGGUGGCCGAUCAGGGCUGCGCGGUUUCCACCCCCGGGCCGGGGUCGACCUCCUGGCUGGCCGCGCUGCUACCAUGGCAGAGGAAGAAGCACCAGCAGCAGCACAGCUCUUGCCUCCCCGCCGCGGAAUCGGCGGAGAACAGCGCGGUGAUGCGGCGGCGGCGGCGGCGGCGGGGGGGAGAUCAGCUGUGGUGCCACGGCCGCGGGAUGUCCCCGGCGAGGGAAGAAGAAGAAGGCCGCGACUCGGCAGGAUCGGGGAGCGACUGCUCGCCCGAGUCGUCGUCGAACGAGUUGCCGCGGGCGAUGCCGACGCCGAUCCGGAAGGCCGUGGUGCCAUCCGCCGGCCGGGCCAUGGCGGGGUUCGCCGUCUGCCUCAGCCCCUUGGUCAGGCCCAAUCCGCGGCAGAGGGACCCCGGGACGGCGCCGGCGGCGACGGUGGUAGGGGUCUCCAGCGACCUACGGGGCGGCGCCGCCCUCGGCCACCGGCGGCGCCGCCCCUCUGGCAGCGGCGGAGGGCCGCCGGCGUCGCUGUGUCCCAACCGGUCCAGGAAGAUCGCGGACUUUGGUAGGUUCCGUUGA